ACAAAUUUACAAGCAUACAAGUUGGCCCAGCCCAAAUAGAACUCAUGCGCAUAAAGAGAGAUAACAUGGCGCGUCAAAAUCACGCGCUCAACACUACAACCGUUACGUAUGGCAGACUCUUCCACUUCUUCCACUUCUUCCACUUCUCAAAACGCUUCGAAAACAAGGAAACCCUCCCAUUUUCGAGCGAAAAUCAAAGUUCAAAAUAUACAAAUCGUUGUUCGAAACCUCCAUCAAAACACCAUCAAACUUUCCGUGAAGAAUCUGAAGAGAAAACAAAGCAACAAUACUCAACAGAAAAUGGCAGCAAGAAACCAAACAAAAGACCUUAAGUGUGCCACACAUCUCCUGAGUGAUAAGUUCAGAAACAUGACUGAGGAGAAGAAGGCAAUUGUGAGGGAUCUCGGAUUCGGUGGGUUGAUGCACAUCCCACCACUAAGGGUGGAUCACCAACUGUUAAGGGAGCUGGCAAACAACUUCAAACUUGGGGAGAACAGACUGAAGACAGGAUAUGGUUCUUUCCAAAUAACACCAAAAUAAUAGGUCAUACGCUUGGCAUCAAUGCAACAGGUAACUAGCUCAAAAUUAUAGGUGUAUAUUAAGUUGAUGCUUGGGUGUAUUUAAGGUUGAUGCUUGGGUGUAUUUGAACCGACUUUGAUACUUUGUUGUUUUCCUUUUUGUAGGAAAUCUGUUUCCUGAGAAAGUUGAGUAUAAGCAACUUUCUGAUGAUGACAAAAUAAUUUAUAGAAGAUUCCAGGGUAAGACCCUCAAAAGUCUUACCGAUGAAAUGAUGGAA